CGCAAUUCUCAUGUGAGACAUAUACAACCUAGUACUUAUUGCCAUUAUUGAAUAUUUCUAGAAUAUAUGAAUUUCUUUACAUGUUGUAACCUCGACCUUUGUAUCAUAAAUUAGUUCUGUCGUCAUAUAAAUGCCUGAUGAUCUACAGCAGUAUAUAAGUACUUCGUAAAUAGGAUGUCUGGGUACAUGGAGUGUCCAGUCCGAUUCGAUGUACAGGCUACAGCCAACCUACUGAAAGUCGUAAUAAGAGGACUUGAGAGUAGGUUGCUCUUGUUUUCUGUUUCUAUUAUAGACUAUAGUUGAGUCAUUCUAGUUCCUCCUAAGUUCCGCUAGCCCUAGUGCUGGGAAAUGACGACGUUUUCAUCCUCCUCGGCCGACUCGGGCGACAGCUAUGAUCAUAUAUAUCCUCGCAAUAUGCAUGCGUAAACAUUCAAGUCUCACUAUUCAGACACAUAUUCCCACCCGUUGGUUUCCCUGCUCUCCAUUAUCAACCUUAGCCUUUUCGCCAAUAUGAAGAUCCUCAUUGUCGGCGCGAGCGGGUCCAUUGGAGGUGAAGUUCUCCGUCACUGCCUCGCCCACCCAGACAUCUCGAGCGUAAUCGCGUUCGUACGUCGGGCUCUACCUGCCGACGUAUCCAGUCAUCCGAAGCUCGAGUGUGUUAUAAUUAAAGACUUCUUAAAAUGGCCAGAAGACGUAUUACAGGCACAUUCGGAUGCUGUGGGUAUGCUUUGGAACAUGGGAACCAAUACGGGGAACAUCCUCCCCGACUUGGAGUACCCCUUAGCUUUCGUAGAAAGUAUGGGACGAGUGCUGGAAACGAAACUCGACAGACCCUCUUUUAAAUACGUCCAUCUAAGCGGUAAAUUCGUCCGUCGGAACCAAGAAGAGAAGUUAUACUUCCUGGAAGAAGCACGCAAGAUGAAGGGCCGGCUCGAGAUUAAAACCUUUGCAUUCGCAGAGAGCCACCCUACUAUAUGGAAGACCUUCAUGGUUAGGCCAGGAGCAGUUGUAACUAAGGGAAUGAUGGUUCCUGGUGUGAUUUCUGGGGUGUUAGGAGAGAAUUUGAGUGUCCGAGUUGAAGUGUUGGCCGCAUUUAUGACGUAUCUUGCUAUCGAUGGUCAGGGGGAAGACUCUAGCAUUGAAAAUACGCGCAUAGCGAGAAAAGGGAGGGAGUUAUUGGAAGCCUUGGAAUUACGGAAAAAAUAACACCAAACAUUAGUAGAUGUAGAUAGGAUUUGAAGGCUUGUAUGAUCGUUGUAUUCCUGGUCUUUCACCUUUAUGG